GAAGCCUGCAGGAGGAAGAGGAGGAGGAAGGAGGAGGAAGGCAGUAUUAAGGGGGAAUGACAACCGUCCGAGCUCCAUCUCCACCACCACCACCACCACCAUCAUCCUCAGCAUGUAUCCGAAAAAAGGCACACGCAACCGGCGAUGAACCGCGGCGGAUCAACGUCCGGGCAACAGCGGUAGAAGACGCAGAAGCAGCAGCAGAAGCAGCGACGCCGGUGAUGCGGACGCUCGGCCGGACGACAACGACGACGACGACGACGACGACCCCCGCCGAGUGAGGCCGCUCCCCUCGCCAAGAUGGCCCGCGUGGCGCGCGCCCUGGGUCUGAUCAUCCUGUGCGUGGCGGUGCUCAUCCUGUCGCUCAUCAGCUACGUUUCCCUGCGGAAGGACAGCCUCUUCGGGACGCCCGUCGGGGGGCCCAGGAUCAUGUUCCACGCCGGCUUCCGAUCUCAGUUCGCCAUGAAUUUCCUGGACCCAUCCUUCAUCCCACUGACCACUGCCUUGAACGAAGAGCUCCAGGGGAAGCCGUCCAAGUGGAAAUUCAACAGGACCGCCUUUUUCCAGCAGAGGAAGGACAUUUUCAACCACAUCGACAUUCCGCACAACUUCUCUCUGACCAAGAGCAGCGUCCGAGUGGGCCAGCUAAUGCACUUCGAUUACUCCAGCCACAAGUACGUAUUCUCCAUCAGCAACAACUUCAAGUCCCUGCUGCCCGACGCUUCGCCCAUCCUGGACAAGCACUACGGCACGUGCGCGGUGGUGGGCAACAGCGGCAUCCUGACUGGCAGCCACUGCGGCUCGGAGAUCGACGGCGCCGACUUUGUCUUUCGCUGCAACUUCGCCCCGACUGAGGUGUACGCCAAGGAUGUGGGUCGCAAGACCAACCUGACCACCUUCAACCCAAGCAUCCUGGAGAGGUACUACAACAACCUGCUGACCAUCCAGGACCGCAACAACUUCUUCCUGCACCUGAAGAAGCUGGAGGGCGCCAUUCUGUGGAUUCCUGCUUUCUUCCUGCAUACAUCGGCCACCGUCACCCGCACCCUGGUGGACUUCUUUGUGGAACACAAAGGCCAGCUCAAGGUGGAGCUGGCCUGGCCCGGAAAUAUCAUGCACGAUGUCAACAAAUACUGGAAGACCAAGAACCUUUCCCCCAAGCGUCUGAGUACGGGCAUCCUCAUGUACACGUUGGCGUCGGCUAUGUGUGACGAGAUCCACCUGUACGGCUUCUGGCCAUUCGGCUGGGACCCCAAUACGGGCAAGGACCUGCCCUACCACUACUACGACAAGAAGGGCACAAAGUUCACCACCAAGUGGCAGGAGACCCACCAGCUGCCCAGCGAGUUCAAGCUGCUCUACCGGCUGCACCGCGAUGGCGUCAGCAAGCUGAGCCUGACACAUUGCAUGUAGAGGGGAGUCACCAGGGGAAGGGGGGUCACGCCGCGCCCGCAUUCCGCAUAGCGAGCGUUCAUGCUAAAUGUCCGCCUUGCUCGGUUUUGGUAUUGUUGUGUUAAGUAUUCCAGUCUGUCGCCUCCAUAAUGCUCCUUCGCAUGACUGCUGGCAGUGGCAAACACAGUGGACCCUCCACAAGGACAACACUAAACCCAACCCUCGAAUUGUUCAGUUACACCAUAGGAAACAACGGAAGUGGCAGGACACCAUUUUUCUCCCACACAGGAAAUGUUGCAAAAGUAUCUUUGCAACAUACAGAUUUUAACACCCACAAGACAUGUCGUCCACCUAUUCUACCAGUCUAAAGUUAUCCACCCACUAUACUUUACCCACGUCUAAUGUCAUGUGCCAACUGCAGUCCACCCUUGGAGGGUAGAUCGUUCGAAUUCUGCAAAAUGUUUGGGAAAGGUGCAUCGAUGCAACCUUUACCAAAGGAAAGGAGAUACAGUAUAUUACCCACAAUCCUUUACGGCAGUAAUAUUAGGCCGCUGCCCAAGUUUACAGACUGCGCGAAGAUGUUCGAGACUCUCCCGCUAAAGACUUUAGAAAUAAUUAAAUAAAACUUUUCUUUGAAUAAAUAGUACAGAACGGUAUAUAAAAGCAAACAUCAAGAAUACAGUCUUCGUGAACAAUAGCAAUGUAAACAUACAAAUUUGCCUCAAUGAUUGGAAGACAAACAUUACUAUCCAUACAAAAAAACAACAACACUGUAAACACAAAAUAUAAAACACAGAAACAUGAGCGAGGGAUGAAAUUUCGAGUGUGAUGGAAAAAGGACAGAGAAAGAAAAACAAACUAGAGACAUUUUUUUUCCCAUUAUUUAUUCAUAAAACAAAAGAUACAAAGCCAAUUGCCAGAGGGUGACAUCAAAUUGGUGCCAAAAAGGCAGAUGAUCAUAUCACAAAAAUAAUAGAGAACAGAGAGCCAAGAUUUGAAUGACUUUCGCAGUGUCUAAGAGUCCUAAAAUAUUGCUUGAUUUAAUUUUAGUAUCUAUAUUUAUUAUUUGUACAUUUCAAUCGUUGUAGAAACACUACUUGGGUAGAAUCCUUGAAUUAUUCCCCAAAAAUAUUUUAUUAGUAAGCAAGUAUUUUCCAAUAAAGUGAAAUACAUGUAUAUCAUUAAUUUAUACAAAUAUGAUAUAAAUAUGGAAACACGUAUGAAGCCUAAACAUUAAAUAUUGUAAUCUUUGGUUGCUCUGUGCUGAUAUCUUGUGGUAAAAGACAUUAAUAAGACUCAAAUAUUUUGCAGGUAAAGUCCACAAGCUAGAAACUUUACAUUAGCAAGAUUUGUAGUUGCGCUCAGUUAUGAAAAGUUGACGCGAAUUAAUUUGAAACAGGGCUGUCCUUUCCUAUGCUCAAAAGGAAGCACCUUUUCAUGUCUCUUUGACCCGAUUCCAAGAACGUUUCAGGAAAGGGGGCAUAAAUGUUAGGAGAUCGGACUUAACGAAGAGGGAAUCUACCUACUUGUCUAAGGUGAUCCGCCCACCUGUCGAAAGUCAUCUGACCUCUACCCUCUACCCACGUCUGAAGUCAUCUGCCUGCUUAGUCUAAAGUCAUCUGCCUAUCAAACUUCACCCACCUGUCUAAAUUCAUGCGUCCACUAGACCCUGCACCAUCAAGAGUCAUCCACCUACUAGACUCUGCCCACCUGUCUAGUCUUUUACCCACUAGACUCUAUCCACUGGUCCAAACUCAUUCAACCACAAGACUCUGUCCACUUUUCUAAAUUCAUCCACCAAUGAGACUGCCCACUCGACUCGGCCCACCUCUCUUAAGUCAUCCAUUCACUAUACUCGGCCUUAUCUAAAAUCCUCUAACUAGACUCCAGCCCUCCUGUCAAAAUUCAUCCGCAUCCUAGACUCGGUACACCUGUCAAAGGUAAUUUGCCCACCUGACGCGUCAUCUACCUUUUAGACUACCCACCUGUCUAAAGUCAUCUACCCGAGAGACUCCACCCGUCUGUCCAAAGUCAUCCAUCCACGAUACUCUUUCCAUCAUGGCAUUUAUUUGGAAUAGAUGGGCAAACUGUUAGACUUGGGAGGUUCCACUGUAAUCCAAAUUGUGUUUAGUUUAAAAACAAAUAAAAAAUAAAUAAAAAAUCACUGCCUAAUCUCAGGGAACGAGUUAGAUCAGUGUUUUAAAUCCCCAUUGGAUGCGUCCGAACAGAUGCGCUACCCUCUUUGGCCACAAGAUGAGGUGUCAGACAAUCUGCGCUACUCUUGUUUACAACACUUUAACAACAAUCCAACAAGUCCCAAUUCUAAAACUUUUGGAUAAAUAAGUAACAUUCCAAAUAAUAAGCCAUAGAUUCACAGAGAGAUCAUAUAUAUAUAUAUAUAUAUAUAUAUAUAUAUAUAUAUAUAUAUAUUUACACACAGGAUGUUUUUAUUAUACUACUGAAUACUGUCACGUUUAGUGUCACUUUCUAAAAUAUGUCGUCUUCAGUCACGCUAGGUAACGUAAGGAAGAAUGUCACGAUAUGGCGACAAAAUAAUACCGCAGGAAAGAAAAGGCAGAUUUUCCAGAAAACAGUUGUAAUACUGUGAGAAUAAAGUCAUAGAAUAAAGUGGCAAUGACGAGGCAUAAGGAAAUAUUACAAGGGGUAAAAAAUUUUUUUUUUUUAGCAAGAAUAAAAUCGUGAUUUUAACUAAGUAGUCGUGUUUUUUUACAUCUUUUGUUGUUUCUCCAUAACUUUUUUCUGGUAAAAUUCUGACUUUUUUUGUGAUAUCAAAACUUUACUAGUGUAACUUCAUGACUCUUGUCUCGAAUUAUUUUUCUAACUUUAUUCUUGUAAAAUGAUGACCUUUUUUCUUUUCCCUAAAAACACAACUAUUCUCGUAACAUUCCAACUUUUGUCUUUAGUAACGUUAAUAAAAAAAAUUAUAAUUGUGCAACUUUUUAAAAACAUGCUAUUAGGACUUUAUUGAUAUAAGAUGUAACAGUACAAGUUUUUUAUCGCAAAAUUAUAACUUAAUUGUUGUAGCGUUCUGACUUGUCGAAAAAGUACAACUUCAUCGCCAAAUUAAGUAUUUUUUUUUUCUUCAAGAAUGCAAUUUUAUUCUAAUAAAUUAAUAAAAUUAAUUAAAUAAAAUCUAAUAAAUGAGUUUUUUUCCUGGAAACUAAAAGUUUAUUCUUGUAAAAUUAGGAUGUUCAUGUAAAAUUAAAACUUAUGUAAAAUGUAAAAUUAAAACUUUAUUUUUCUCGUCAAAAAUUCCAACUUUGUGACUUGGUAACGAUACGGUACCUAAGCGUGGCUAAAAUCUUAAGAAAAUACAACAUUUUGAGCAGAUUCAAAUUUAACAUUUUUUAUUUCGGGUUUCACCAUGGCAACCGUCAACUAGAGUAUACACAUAAAACAGAUUAUUAUGAGAGAUUUUAUUGCCUCGUGUCAUAAAGCAGACAACUUGCUGGACUGUUAUGAGAGCAUGUUCUACUCGAACCUCACGUUGCAUGCAAGAGGCACUAACAAUGUUUUAGAAUUCAUUAGUAGAACCUUCUUUUAACCUUGCUUUGCAUUGCUGACUGCAAUUUUCCUUAAGAAUAUUUCCAGUGACUGUAUAGUGAAUAAUAAGAUACUCUUUUGGAAAAGCCGUUUGAGCAUUUAUUCUAUAUCCUUCUAGCGUAAGGUCAAUGUACUGUACUAGUAUACUCUUUGUUCUCAUUAGUCAGACAAUUCAGUGCACUAGCAAAACGACUAGGGUGCACUAAUAGAACAACUUUUGAAAUACUACAAAUAGAAUCAUGCGUGUACUAGGGGUUGAACCGACUACUGGACUUUACCCCUCCGCAAUGAGGGUUAGAGCUUGAGGUCAAUUAGUCGCCAAUCAUGGGUUUUGGCAACACGGCGCCUUGCCAAACUCAACAGGAGGUGGGUUUUGCGCAGCAAACUAGCAGGGGUGACUCAAGAGUGCGGAAAUAUUUUUGUUAAAAAUUAGAUUGGGACCACGGCCACAAAUUAUUAAAGUCUAUGGCAGCCUUAAAUCCUCACGUCAGCAGUCAGGGAAUUCAUCAAACAACAUCCUGUAACAGUGAAAAGAAAAUAUAUUGAAGCGUCUUCUUAGAAAAUGAAAUAAAGACAAGCGGUGGUCAAUCAAUAACAUAUUGUAAAAAAAUUACAUUAAUGUCGCCAGACAAAACUUCACACCCAAUCACAGUCACAGACACCUUCUGAGUCCCUUUCACAGUCGGCUCUUAUAAAACUCUCACAACAAUCCAGAUAACAUAACUUCAAGUUUUCGACAAUACAUGGUUGAAUUUGAGAAAUCCAAUACAUCCUCUUGUAACUUUAACUGUGUUAUGUGAAUUGGUGUUAAGGUUUUACAAGCUCCGACAGUCUGCGAGGCUAUGACGAUAUCUGAAUGUGAUUGGAUGAGCGAGUGGUGUCUGAAUGUGAUUGGAUGAAUGAGUCUGAGUGGGGCCUGUACAACUGAGAACGGCGGGAAGAAUGAGUGAGCGAGCAUGUGGUUGGAUGCCCACACAGUCUUUAAUCCAGCAGCAGUUGGUGAGAGGUGGAAGUCCAAUGUCCAAUAAUUUUAUUGCUUGAAUGUCUGGUGGUAUCAAGUUAAAGGCAGAAUUAGAGUAAAUAAAAAGUAGCCUAGCAGAGCCGAGGCUGACAUUUUUCGGGAUUCCCACCGGGUCCAGUGGCAUUCCCGUGGGACGGGAGUGAAUUUCACCAUCAAUCACAGGAUUGGGCAGGAGGGGGAGCAAAGGUCAUCUGGAGCUAGCGGGAGCGGGAACUAUGGAAAAAAAAAAGUCACCGGGAAUGGACGGGAGUGGAAACCAUGGUGGUGGGAGUGAAAGCGUGAUGCAGUUAUAUUGUAUUUCAUUUUAAAGCUAUAAUCCACAAAUGUUUUGUAAAAACAAACAAAAACAAAAAAAAGUAAUGUUCACCCAAGCCGCCACGAGAGGAGAUGACACAAUGCUGAUUAAGCCAUUCAGCUCCUCUAACAUCUUGCUGUAUUUGUCAGUAUCUAAUUUUUUAUAUUGAGUGACUGUCCUAUUAAUUUCUCGCGCUGGCUCGGUUGGUGGCGCAGUGCAAAUGACGGAAAUAACGGCACGGAAAUGACACGUCCUUCAAAACAGUAACAUUUUGUAGAAUCACAUAUAAGGGCCAUAACACGCAUUGCCUACGUCAUAUUGAAGCGACGGCUCAGUUCUUUUGUUGGGGGCGUUACAUACUAUAGCUUUAAAUCAAAUCGAUAUUUGAAUUUCCCCUCAGCAUCGAGCCAAACAUAGCUACACUAAGGGAUUAAGACGGCUUUUAUUAAUAAAUUUAUGUUUUGUUUCUUGAUCAUUCCGGUAAUUCAAUGUAUUUAUUAUGGUGAGUAAGGCAGACAUGUAAUGCAUAUUUCAUACCGAGGAGCAAAAAGUGAGCAAGAAUGACUGAGAGUAAACAAAAAUAUGUGGGGCGGGAGGGAUAGUAGUGGGAUUCUAUACAUUUUUGCUCAGGAGUGGAAUUUUUUAUUUGUUUUUAAACUCUGGAUUGGGUAGGAUUUUUUCAAUAAUUUGGUACUGCGCGAGAUUUUAUUUUUUUAAACAUUCGCGAUUUGUUGGUUUUUUUUUUUUUUUUUAAACACCGGGGAUUGGGAUGGAGUGGGAGCGAUUUCUAUGGGAGCGAGUUAGAUUUUUUUACUUAUUUGGGAUUGGGAGGGAGCAGGAGUCAGCAUCCACUCCUGUGGCAGCCUCUAUAGCAGAGCGCCCCUGCUCUUCCAAGUGUGGGGUGGCAGUGUGGAGUCCCGUGACAAUGGCAUCUUCUGUCCAUCUGUUAGCUCUAUAUGCCAACUGGUGUGGGUCAAAUAUGGGUGGGAGACAGGAUGUGAUGUGAUGUCAGACCAGUUUCUCUAAACACUUCAUAAAAGUAGGUGUCAGAGCGACUGGUCAGAGUUCUUAUUAGUGAGGACAAAUAGCAUGCUAGUACAUGGAUCUUAAGCAGCUUUCCAAGUACUCCUGCUGUAUAGUUCAAACGGGACCAAACCUCAUGCAGUUCUGCCUCAUUUUGUCACAUUUCUUUUCUCCAAGUGUGUGUUUAUCAGAAACGGGGGACCACCCAAGCAAGUCGUCGGUGAUCUUUAAGAAGCUGGAGGACACAUGAUGGCGUGCCUCAUGACUGUGUGACUUGUCACAGGAUGUCGCGAGCACGCUCAGAUUGAUUUUUGGCUGUUGCUGUUGUUGACGCCUAGAAUCUUUUCCCAAACAAAAGCGUUUCUUGUCAUGUCAGACUAGGGGCUAUUUUGUUUAUUACUCUGUGUAGCUGAUGUCACGUGUACGAGGCGCUAACUGUGCAUGAAUGUCUGGGUGUCAGCACAUUAGGAAUGUACGCCAAAAAGAAUGUUUGAAGGAAAUAGUCUUGGACUAGCUCUUAAAUGUCAAACUAAAAGGUCAUCAAUCCAUGAGUUACCUCAGCCAAGCCUGAGAGCGCAAGGGUUUGUUCUUUUGACUUCUUAUGAAAUGCCAUAACGUUUUGGCAUUGAAAAUAAAUACAAUAUUUAUUGUAUUUGGCCACCAUUUGAGGAAAUGUUCAUUUUUGUCUUUAAAGUCCGAUUGCACUGGGCCCAAAGAUAAAAAGUAAAAAUAAAUGCCCCCGGCGACUAUUUGAGGAAAUGUUUACUUUUGUCGUUACAGUCCACUUGCAUUGGGACCAAAGACAACAAGGAAAAAUGAACACUUCCUCUCAAAUAAAUGUCCACAUGUCCCCCAUUGAACAUGUCCCAUUAUUUCAUAUGAUCAAUUUGCCACCUGUCUGUACAUAAGUGCCACACAGAAGAAACUUUAUUCACAAGAUUUUUUUUUUCUUGUACCUUUUGCUACGUCUGCAUGGCUAACGUAAUUACGUGGACGGUUAUGAACAUGUCAUAUAUAUAAAAAAUCAUCAAUGUCUUCGGGGGUUGUUUUGACCAAAAAAAUCUGUAUAUUUAAAUGUCUUAUUCCACUGUAUGAUAAAUGUGUGCCUGCAUAUUAAUAUGUCCAAUAAAAAAUAUUUUUUUCUUCCAA